AAUGUCUAUGGCUUCUUUUAGGGGUAUUCUCCUCCAUCUGAUAUAUCCUACUAAUCUGUUGUUGGUCAUCGGUGUUUUAGCUCAGCAGCAAGACGAUCCUUGUGCAGUAACGAAUGAUCGUGUUGGGGCGUGUGGGCUCAAUGGAAUCUGUCAUAUCUCAGGCAGUUCAAAGAAUUGCGCUUGUCCUCCGGGAUUCGACUUUUUAGACAAGGGUAACCAUUCAAAGGGGUGCUCUCAGAAUGCAUCGCAGUUACGGAGCUGCAGUGCAAAUGGCGCAGAAAUGCAGAGGAUGGAGCAGAUAGAUUGGCCUGAAAAUGAUUACUUGCGGUUGACAUCGACCAACCAAACUGCGUGCCAGCAGGCAUGCAUCGAAGAUUGCCUUUGCACAGUGGUUGUUUACGCCAUUGCUAACGAAACAGAAAUAUGUUGGAAGAAGGCAAUGCCUCUGAGAAACGGCCGUGCAAGCGAUUCACGAACCGCUUUUGUAAAAGUGUACAGUGGAGUCUACAACGCUAUUCCCCCAACGCCGUCAAAGGAAGCGAAAGAGGCGAAGGGGAAGAGGAAGGGGUUAGUAGUUAUUGGCAUAACUAUUAUGGGUUCCUUCUUUGUCUUCGCAGCAAUCAUGUUAGUAAUUUGGUUUUAUACAUGGCGACCCAAGCUGAGAGCCUUGGAAGAGCAUUCUAAGGCGAAAUCAGUUGGGUUGAAGGCAUUUAGUUAUCAGGAGAUCGACGCUGCUACUGGAGGCUUCAAGCAAGAAAUAGGAAGAGGGGCUUUUGGUAAGGUCUACAAGGGCAUCUUAUCUGACGGACGAGCAAUUGCUGUGAAGAAACUUGACGAUCUGUUCAACCAAGGAAGACAAGAAGAUGGAGAAAAGCAGUUUAGAACAGAGAUGGGUAUUAUAGGGGCUAGCCAUCACAAAAAUAUUGUUCAACUGUAUGGUUUCUGCAGCGACGGCUCACACAGGCUUCUGAUAUACCAGUACAUGCCAAAUGGGUCUCUGAACAACUUUUUAUUUAAGGGUACAAGAGAUCUCGAUUGGGAGCUGCGUGUUCAGAUUGUUUUGGGAACUGCUAGAGGAAUCCUCUACUUGCAUGAAGAGUGCGAAACCCCAAUACUCCAUUGUGAUAUAAAGCCUCAAAACAUCCUGCUGGAUGAAAACUACCGUGCUAAGAUAGCCGAUUUUGGAAUAUCCAAAUUGAUUGGAGCAGAACAAACGAGAACAUUUACCGUGGCUCGCGGCACCGUAGGUUACAUAGCUCCUGAGUGGCGGAAGAAUGUGGCUGUUACUGUCAAAGUGGACGUGUACAGCUUCGGAGUGGUGCUCUUGGAGAUUAUCUGUUGCAGGAAAAUGUUCGAAUUGCAUGUUCCAGAAAAUGAAAUGGUUUUGUGUGAUUGGGUGUACGAUUGCUUCAAAUAUGGUCAACUUGAAAAAUUGGUGGAGCGACACGGUUGUAGAGAUAUUGAGGCAAAUCAGUUGGAAAGAAUGGUGCUAGUGGGGCUCUGGUGCAUUCAAGCAGAUUCCUCUCUGAGACCAUCAAUGAAAAAAGUAGUUCAGAUGCUUGAAGGGACAGUUGAGAUUUCAGUGCCCCCUCAUCCAGAAGUUUCUUCAUAAAACAUAUGCGCUCUGCAUCUACAAGUCCAGUAUCUUCUUGACCGGUGUCAGGUUACAAGAGACUAUUUUAGAUACAGAAAUACAGUAGCGUAGAACCUGUUAAGUUUUAUUUGUUGUUUCUAAUAGUGA